AUUUUAUUACUUUUUUUAUAACCGUUUCAGGUCCGUCGACUUCGUUAGCCUGUGCUCUGGCAACUGACAAUCAAUUCGGAGGGAAAGAACUACUCUCCUUUAUAUUUAGUACUGUGCUAACUUAUAUGGUCCCAUGUAUUCUACUUGUAUUCAUCAAUUCAAUCAUUCCGAUUAAAUUAAUUAGUAUUAAAACACGUCGACGUAUACUUUGUAAGAGAGAAGAUACACAUGCACAUUUAAUCAAUUGGACUAGUAAUGGAAAGUCAAGUAUUACACCACAUAAUGAUCCAACCUCACCAACUAAAGCAUUAGCAUCUGCACUGGCUACAAUGUUGCUAAAGCGUAGACGACAUACUAUUCUAGAAGAUCGUAAAGAACUUGGACGAGUUGUAGCCUUGUUAUUAUUAUCAUGCUUUUAUUUAUGCUUUACAUUUCCAGUGAGUAUAAGUUUAACAAUACGUGCUAGUUUAAAUGAUCAACAUGACAAAUGUGUACAUACACUAUAUGCACACUUAUCAAGACUGUUGACGUCUAUAAAAGAUAUUAAUUAUGCACUGAAUGGUUAUACAUAUGCACUAUUUUUUCAAUUUUAUCGUCAUAAAUUACUACAAAUUUUUACCUGUAAAUUCACUACUUCUGCUAAUAAUAAUACUCACUAUACUCGUCGUGAUGGAAAUACAGCGACUUGUUCAAGGAAUAAUAGACGACAAUCAUCAUCGACCACGUGAAAAAUUAACGCCGGAAGAUAGUGAGAAUAAAAAUGAUAAUAUUAAGAUGAAAAAUUUAAGUUUUUACAAUCCUAUCAAGUAAAGAACAAAUCACAUCACUUUUGUUUCACAUUGAACCCAUUGAACACUGAAGACCAUGCCAGCAUACUCGCCGCGAAAAUUGACCAAUCAGUUGUUUGUAUAAAAAUGGAAAUCUAAAAUCUGUAGGCACAAUAAAAUCGUAUGAACUUUUCUGUGAUGUAUUGACAGUGUACUUUAAAUUGUAUUGCAUUAAACCCACUUUAUGAUUCUUCUUCUUCUUUCACAUGAUUUCGUUCAAAGACGAAUUAUCUCACUUUUGUUGUGUGUUCUUUCUACCUCUAAUAGUGUGCAAUUUAGAAAAUAUUUAUUUACUUAUUUAUAUAUGUGAAUCUGUAAACGCAUUUCUCCUCUUUUUUGUUUGAUAAACAAACAUAUUUUUGGGCAAAAAUUUCUUUUCAAGAAUUUUUACAGUUUUGUAAGAGACUUAUACUAGAGUUCACUAACAUUACAAAUAUAAGAAUAAUAAUCCAAGUCAAUAGAGUGUUAAAUAACAAUAUAUUGCCAAAAAUGCAGUGACGAGUUAUAUCAACAAAAAGGAUUACUUGGACAUAAAGUCUAAGUCCUCUGCUACAAAUUAUUUAUAUAAUCCACGGGUACGUUAAUUGUUUGGGUUGCGUCUGCUGUAGCUGCUGUGUUCCGGUUGUAGAAAUGUCUUCGGUUGAGAGUAGUAGACUGCUACAAUAAAUCUGAAGUAUACAACACGGUGUGAGUUGAGCAAGUAAGCAGAAAUAACCAGGGAGAAGACGAAGUCUCCAACAACAGAGUGUAUUUUUCAAUUGUCCUCGGAAGUUAUGUAUAUUUCAACAAGAAGCGUUUUAAACAAAAAUUAUGUACAAUAUCUCGAAUUUCUACAAAUAACCAAAAAGUGUACAAUCACAUUGUUACGUACUCCACACGGCUCCCCCCCUAGAGGUCCGGAGAGACAACCGGAAAAUGAUAAGUAAAACUGUGAAGUAAAUAAUAAUUGUAAUAACAAUUUUUGGAUAAAAAUAGGGAUAUAUUACAACAUGCAUAAACGCGAG